AUGGCUUCCACCACGACGCCCAAGAACACGCUGCUCGGAGCGACCAACUAUGAGCCGCGGCUGCGAUCGCACCUCAAGCCGCAGCGCUUCAAGCUGGUCCAGAAAACUCUGCGCUUGGACAGCACGCUGAACCAGAUGAACCCUCUGACGACGCGCCUGGACCUGCGUGACCCCGAACGCUUCGAGACCACGGCCAGCGACAUCGGCAAGAUGGCGGGCGACCACCCGGAGGAGAGCAAGUUCGCGCCCCAAAACGUCCAGAAGGUGCUGCGGUUCCACACGUUCUACGUGGAGAGCGUCGACGAGAGCAACCUCGAAGUUGUGCGGCUGCGCAAGAACACGAUCCUGCUCUACCUGCACGACGAAACCUUCGAGAUCAUCGAGCCCCGAGUGCCCAACAGCGGUAUCCCGCAAGGGACGUUCCUCAAGAGGUGCAAGCUGCGGCGUCCUGACGGCGAGUUCUACUCGUCUGCUGAUCUGCAUCUGGGGUUCGACUUGCACGUCUUUGGAAGAAGCUUCAAGCUGUACGACUGCGACGAGUUCACGAGGGAGUUCUACGCGCAGAGAGGGGAGGACGUGGGCUCCCCACUCCCGCUGCCCAAGGACGAAUACACGCUCACUCGGGACCAGAUCACGCGCAUGUGCGGCGGCGACCACGAGCACUUUUACGGCAAGCAGCGGUAUCCGCUCAAGACGUACAUGGAGGCGUCGCUGGGCAACCCCAUCCGCUCCCGCCUGCAGUCGGAGAAGAAGCGCAAGUUCCUGGCCAACAACCGCAAAGUGCUGUGCUUCCACUGCGAGUACGACGUGCGCGACCAGCUCUACGGAGACCUCAUGUCGUACACGCUCGACUACUUCCUGGAGGACGACACGAUGGAGUUGAAGGAGGUCUCGCGCCCCAACAACGGGCGCGACCCGUUCCCGCUGCUGCUUCGUCGCGCGCGGCUGCUCAAGGACUGGCAUCAGAACCUGACGGACGAGCAAGACCGCGGCGUCGAAGAGCCCACGAGCGCCGACAGCUACUACAGCGAGACGGACCUGUACGUUGGCGCCGUGCUGAACGUGUUCGGGCGAGACAUGCGCCUUGUGGACGCCGACAAGUACACGCGCGACUACUACCAAAUGGCGUGGGGGCGCGUGCUGGAGCCCGCGAUGCCCACGAAGGUCGAGAAGCCCGUGUUCCCCAAGCCCGAGCCGGCGCCGUACAACGGCUACGGCACGGAGGAGGACUCGCUGGGCUCGUGCCACUCGCUGUGUCCCAAGCCGCCGCGCAAGGACUUCAAGAAGAUGGCCGAGUUCGACCGCAUGCUGCUGCGCUUCCGGGCGCGCCUCAUCUCGAGCCGCAAGGAGCAGCAGCAGCGCCGCUUCAUCGUCACGUACUUCCUCACGGACGACACGCUGGCCAUCUACGAGCCGGAGCUGCGCAACUCGGGUAUCGUCAACGGCAAGUUCCUCGAGCGCGGCGCGUACAAGAGCCCCGAGGGCGUGCGCUACGUGCUCGAGCACUUUGUCAUCGGCGCCGAGCUCGUCUUCAGCUCGCACCGCUUCCAGCUGCUCGACGCCGACGAGUACACCAAGAAGUUCCUCGCCUCCUAG